AUAUUUUGCAUCCGUCAGCAUCGAGAUUUGGCUGCCAAAUGUCGGAGGUGGUGGCAUGGAUUUAACAGUGGAAAUCCUUUCGUCCGACCCGGAAACUGGGCUUGUCGGCUUGGCAUUGUGCAAGCCCACGGUUACAUACGUUGGUUCAGCACUUUCUUCGGCAGCUUUGUCCACAACAUCAGCACCCACCAUGUACCCGAAUCCAUCAUUCCCACAAAUUAAUGACAAAGCCAUAUUUUCGUUCGGCUCGGUCGUGAACACCGACGUGACUACUGACACUGCGACAAACGCGAGUUUAAUCAAGAUCGAGUUCUGCGCUGCUUUGGUCGACAGCGGAACGAACCUGAGCCCCGUGUAUCUGACUGCUGGUGCGGAUUACGCAAGUGAGCUUUACAUCUGGAUCGGCCAGGACCAACUCACUCCCAGCUAUGCGAAUAGAGCAACCACGUAUGCUGCAAGUGCCACCGUUAUCUCGUCUCCCGCAUCCACGACCAUCGGCGCAGGAGACGCUGAUGGGAUAGUUUUCGAAGUCGCAAUUACGCAUCCCUUCACGCCGAUUUCAUUUUCGACGCUUGAUCCUGACUACAAAGAUACCACGUAUGCUGCAAGUGCCACCGUUAUCUCGUCUCCCGCAUCCACGACCAUCGGCGCAGGAGACGCUGAUGGGAUAGUUUUCGAAGUCGCAAUUACGCAUCCCUUCACGCCGAUUUCAUUUUCGACGCUUGAUCCUGACUACAAAGAUUUUAACAAAAACUCAGGACUUCGAACGACCUUCAAUACUGCGGCCACUAUUGGGAGUAGCAGAAUCUUCCUCAACGUGUACAAUUUCACUGUCGGUGCCGCAAUCACGAGGUCUGCUACUAAGCUUUUCACCAUGGAACAAGUCACACUAAUUUCGAGCUCAAUUACGAUACCAACAGGAGGUUCGAUUGUCCAUUUGGUGAAACAGCGAGCAACAGCCACUGCUCCAGCAUGGUUUAAUUACUUACUCACCGUUAAACCUCCUGCUGGGAUGACUGCUUGUGGCGCUCGAAUGGUGUUCGCAGGGGGGAACCUUGCCUGCGUGCCCCCUCUGAAUGGCGGUGCUGUGAUAAAAAACGCCGACGGAUCAAUGAAUAUUUAUUUAACCGUCAAAAAUACGUUUGCUUUCAGCGAAGAUCCUGUUCAGAACGAAGCUUGGAUCGAGAUCACUGUGACCCACUCCAGCGGGAUGGGUGGCACCUUGAUCUUCUCGGAUGGUGGGGGGAAUGAUGUUGGAAAGGAGAUCAACAUUAGCAACUCGGUUGAUUCACUGACCACUUUGGGCUCAGGAAUUCCCACGGGCGUCAUUCAACAGCAGCCGUCUGCCUCUCUGCUUUGGUAUACUUCCGGUCAGAUCAGUUAUGACGCCGUGAUCACACUUCCUGUGUCGAACGUGCUCUUCGAGGCAAUGGGACAAACAACAGCAGCCGGGAUCAAUAUUCGGAUUUGCAGAGCAGAACUCACUUUUGCGGGCAGAGGCGUUGGUUGUCUAAACCCGUUGAUGCCACCGACUGCGACUUACUCUAAAAGUGCUGCCGCGACGUUGUACGAUGACAAGGUUUCUAUCCAGCUUGGUUCUUUCUGCGGUUCCAAAGUCACACCGCAGAAUUCUACUCAUGAUCGGGUUCUGAUCUUCAAUGUCGUCGCCGAUUUGCCGUACCAGGCAUCAACAACAGCACAAGCUUAUAAGAUGUCUGCGGGAGCGCAUUUGACAGACACGGUACUUUGGGUCGGCAACUUGGAUUUCAACGUUCAACCGUUGACAACGGUGCCCGAAUAUGCCUUGACUGUGUUUCCAACAGUGGUAUCAUUCUUUUCUGGUGGAGUAGCGGUCGGUUCAUCAGCACGUGUUUCGUUCGCGCUGAAAUUCCCUCCGAAUUCCAUAGGAAAUUACGCGUUCAUACUAGCAUCCAGUGACACCAACGUAGCUAUUUGUCAAUUGAAAUUCAUCCACAUCGGGAAGAAUUUCCCUUGCGUCGAUGCUUCUCCGGACGGAAAAUUUGCUCGAGACCAAAGCACCAGGCUCACUUACGAGCGACACGACGUCUUGACCCCUGCGCUGGGAAACAAGCAAGCUGUGCUCGAAUUUGGAAUUUUGAACAAUAUUGGAACUUUUCCACUUGUCUCUGCCAGCCAAUACGACCCAAGCACUAUCGUAGUUGAGGCAAUGAUUCUCGUAUCCAGUACUGCGGUUGGUACUCCUACUCUAACCGGAUUACUUGCCUGGACUGGAUUAACAACAACCAGUGCCCAAAACGUUGUAACCUUGGCCCUGAAUGGCACGGCUCCUGCGGGCGCGACAGCGUCGGCAUUCUCGAUCACUGCGGCUGACAGGGAUCAGAAAGUGGUAGCUGGAUAUGCUUUAGGGAUCCCGAAGGAAAUAUCGAUCGACAUUGCGCCAUUAGUCACCAAUGGAUCAAUUUUCUUGGAUAAAAUGGGCGUGAUAGUGAGAAAUCCGACUCCGGAUACGGCGCCUUUCAACAUUUGCUGUGCUGCUGUUUCCUUUGCCGGGAAGAACUACCCUUGCUUGAAUCACACCGGUCUGGGAUACACAACGACCAAUGUCACCACAGCAGCUGGGGCCAUUAUUGUGAAUUCUGUCCUGCUCAACCUCGGAGGGCUGUGUUAUGAGCCCCUUUCAACUGCCAAUGGGUCAGAAAAGCUGACUGUGACAGCCUUCAUCAACGUCGAUAGGUACACAGGAACCUUCGCCGGUUCCAUAAGUGUUGAAGCUGAAAUCGCGAUCAACGCAGUUCCAUCAGGCCAGAAGUCCACCCUUACCCUGGCCAAAACCUCGACUGCGUUGGUCCCGGAUAGUGUAUCCGGAUCUGUUGAUCUACUUCUGUUCAGUAAUGGCACUUACAAUAAUACCGGAAUAGGGAGUCCCAUCAGGGCCAGAAUUGGAGAAUUCUUGUGGAUUCCCUUCCAAGUUUGCAUGCUGCCAUCGAGUUUGAUCACGUUU